AUGCCCUCCUUCCUGUUGAGAAGCAGCCUCUGGCUGUCAUUUGCUGUGGUGGUAGUGGCCGUCUACCUUGGAUUUCAGGGCCCACUCCAGCAGGUCUUCACGUCUACCAGAGUCCAGACAUUCUGCUAUGCAAAGGGCGCCACGACGAAAUUCUCAACUCAGGACACCGCCGCAUGCUUUGUCGUCGAGGACGGCCGUUUCAGCCACGUGUUCACGCCUGGAUCAGAACCUGUUGAUGUCCUUCCUGGACACGCUAUUCCUGGCCUCUGGGACGGUCAUGGCCAUCUGGCUCAAUACGGGGAGUUCCUCCACUCAGUUGACCUCUUUGGCGCAAACUCAAUCGAAGAUGCCAAAGACCGCAUUGCGGCUUACAUUCUGGCACACGAUGGCGUGGGGUCCAGGGCAGACUGGAUCAGGGGCGUUGGCUGGGAUCAGAUGAGUAUGGGAGAAAUGCCAACCGCAACCAUGCUUGCCGACUUCGACGGGCUGUAUAUCAUGCUUGACCGCGUGGAUGUCCAUUGCAUUUGGGUCUCCCAAGCCGUCCUCGAUCUAUUGCCAGACGACCUAGCCGAUGUCCCUGGCGGCGAGAUCGUUCGAGAGCCGGGCAUGGGUGUCUUUUGUGACAAUGCCAUGGAGGUCGUCAUGAAGCUCUGGCCACGGCCAGAUGCUGCUCGAAGGCAAGCAUUCCUUAAAUCUGCAAUGGCAGCACUCCACCAAGUUGGACUCGUGGGCAUGCACGAUGCCGGCGUCUACACCAACGAGCUGGAGCUGUACAAGAGGAUUUUCAGCGCGGAAGACUGGACUUUGCGCGUCUAUGCCAUGAUCGAGUGCGAGGAGAGGAACACGUUCUGCCCCGAAAAGGUGUCUCCCUUCACCGAUGCCGACGGGUUCCUAAGUAUAAAGAGCGUCAAGCUCUUCGCUGAUGGGGCCCUGGGUUCCUGGGGAAGUGCCAUGAUCGAGCCCUAUUCCGAUCGCCCUGACACCGCAGGUUCUCUCCUCGUCAAUGCAUCUACGCUUACGUCCUUGACAAAGUCCUGGUCUUCAGAAGGCUAUCAAGUUAACAUCCAUGCCAUUGGUGAUCUCGCCAACCGGCUCGCCCUUGACGCAUUCGAAGCUGCGCUUGCCGACCUGUGCCCAGGGGAGACGGUAUCAGCCUGUCAGGCAAAGCACCGUUUUCGAAUAGAACACGCCCAAAUUAUACACCCUGAAGACCAGACACGCAUGCACUCUGUUGGAAUCAUACCAUCCAUACAGCCUACUCAUGCAACUUCCGACAUGGGCUAUGCUGAGCUGAGAUUGGGAACCAAGCGAACCGCCACCGAGGCCUACAGGAUGCGCUCACUGCUCGAUCUACAGCCUGUCCUAGGGAGUGACUUCCCCGUCGAGCCCCCCAGCCCCUUCCAGGGGGUCUACGCGGCUGUCACCAGGAGAAGCCCUCACACGGGUAAGGGCACAAACGGCAGCGCCGACAGCUGGUACCCCGAGGAGGCGCUGGCAGUCCGUGAGGCGCUGGUGGGCUUCACCGAGGGUCCUGCACAUGGUGCAUUCCUUGAUGGGAAGGCUGGGGUGAUCCAACCAGGCGCUUUCGCGGACUGGGUUGUCCUGGACGAGCCUUUGGAACAACUGAGUGUUGAGGACAUUCGCCAUGUUAAGGUAAAGGAGACAUGGGUUGGUGGGCGUCGGGUCUACUCAAGGGAUUAA